ACCGGAAAUCAAAUAUAUUUCUGCUUUCUUGACACUGAUCUGUGCGCUCACUUUGCCUGCAUCUCCUGUCGCCUCGGAGGCGCACUGACUAGUGAGUAAAAGUGGACGUGCUUACUCGGGUCACUGUUUCUUCGCAGCCAGUCGUUUUCAGAUUCAGAAGAUGUGACUUGUUGGAUUGAAUUUGUACAGGAAAGUUGGAUUAACGUGACUGGUGGUCAUCAUUUUUCGUCUAUUUGGUGCGACGGCGUGAUGUAGAGUGGAAAAGAUCGAAUUGGGAAUAAAACUUGAGUUACGCGCUGGCACGUCAGGUGUUUCAGCGCCUGGAUAUAGGCCGUUUCUUUCUGUCAUGGUGUCAAUACACGCGGUGAGUUCGCCUGGAGCACGAUGGAGGAAAGAAAGAGACUUUUCUUCUAUCUUUUCUUCGCAGUACAGCUCUGUCUGAGCUCAACACAAGUCCUCAGAAUCGACACUCCUGUUGGGCAUUUUCAUUCAAAUCAUGUCCCCCAGCAGCUGAUCUUCACAAACAGCUGAAACCUAUCCAUCACUGAGAUGGAUGUAAUGUAGCCAGCAAGGCGAUGCAAUCAUCCUCAGCCCUGCUGUCAUAGGCCGUUUAGUGGAGUUAAGAGGAGUACGAGAACUUCACCUAGACUUGAUUAGACAGGAGGAAGCUGGUGAGCUGUGGCUGUGUUUAUUAUCUAAGCAUCUCUUUUUCAGGCUUUGAAUCUCACCCUAGUCAAAACUGUAAUAUGUGGACAUAAUUGACUAAAUAAAUUGAGAAUUGGUGUCACUGGCACCUGUUCCUAAAUUGGAGAGGUAUAAAUAUCUGAUCCAGUUUCUGAUAAAUUGAUAAUCUACUCUUCUCUUCUCCCUCAUUGAAAAAUCCAGAAUGAAUAUGAAAAUGUUUCAAAAGUUUAACUGCUGGACACAAGAUGUUCCCUACUUCACUGACUUUCUAAGUGUAUGUGCACUGGAGGAUUCUCCACAUCUCACUUGUGUGGUAUUUUUGAGACCCGGGAGAGUGAGUUAGUGAGUAUGGAUGAGCUGGCGUUCAAGUUUGCUGUAAAUAACAUAAACCGCAACAAGACCCUGAUUCCCAACACUACUCUCACCUACGACAUUCAGAGGAUCAACCUCUUUGAUGGCUUUGAGGCUUCAAGGAGAGUGUGUGACCAGCUAGCUCUCGGGGUGGUCGCGGUGUUUGGCCCUUCUCACAGCUCCUCGGUCAGUGCUGUUCAGUCCAUCUGCAACGCUCUAGAGGUCCCUCACAUUCAGACCCGCUGGAAACACCCGUCAGUGGACAACAAAGACACUUUCUUCAUCAACCUAUAUCCAGAGUACACCGCCAUUGCCAGGGCCAUCCUGGACGUGGUCACUUUCUUCAAAUGGCGGAAGUUGACGGUGGUCUAUGAGGACAGCACGGGUCUGAUGCGGAUGCAGGAGUUGAUCAAGGCUCCGGCAAAGUUCAACCUGAAGAUCAAGAUCCGCCAGCUGACCCCAGGUAACCAAGAUGCCCGCCCACUGCUUAAGGAACUGAAGAAAGACAAGGAAUUUUUUAUACUCUUUGACUGCUCCUAUCGCAUGGCUUCGGAGCUACUCAAACAGCUUUCAUCAAUGGGAAUGAUGACUGAGUACUACCAUUUCUUCUUCACGACUUUGGAUCUGUUUGCCUUGGACUUGGAGCCGUACCGCUACAGCGGAGUCAACAUGACAGGCUUCAGACUGCUGAACGUAGAUGACCCGUGGGUAGCCUCCACAAUGGACAAAUGGGCCAUGGAAAGGCUGCAGGGUCCCAAACAAGAGAGUGGCCUGAUGGACGGAAUCAUGACUACAGACGCAGCCUUGAUGUAUGAUGCAGUGUUCAUGGUUGCCGUUGCCUCGCAGCGGGCCACUCAGAUGACCGUCAGCUCCCUGCAGUGUCACCGCCACAAACCCUGGCGCUUCGGACCUCGCUUCAUGAACCUCUUCAAAGAGGCACAGUGGAAUGGACUGACAGGGCACAUUGUUCUUAAUAAGACAGAUGGCCUGAGGAGAGACUUUGAUUUGGACAUCAUCAGCCUCAAAGAGGACGGCACUGCCAGGGGUAUUGUGGAGGGCGGAAGUCGCCUCACGAAAAGGUGGAUCAAGAUUGCUGUGUGGAACUCAUACAGGGGUAUGAACCUGACGGAGAAGUCCAGCCGAGACAAGAAUAACAAUGUGACAGACUCUCUGGCUAACAGGACUCUUAUUGUCACCACAAUACUGGAAAAUCCAUAUGUGAUGCAGAAAAAGUCCGACAAGGAGCUGAUUGGAAAUGAUCGUUUCGAGGGUUACUGUCUGGACCUUUUGAAAGAGCUCUCCAACAUCUUGGGUUUCACGUAUGAAGUCAGAUUGGUGGCUGAUGGGAAAUACGGAGCCCAGAAUGACAAGGGAGAGUGGAACGGGAUGGUGCGGGAGCUGAUAGACCACGUUGCAGACCUUGCUGUGGCCCCCUUGACCAUCACAUACGUUCGAGAGAAAGUCAUCGACUUCUCCAAGCCCUUCAUGACCUUAGGUAUCAGCAUCCUCUACCGAAAACCUAAUGGCACCAAUCCGGGCGUGUUCUCCUUCCUUAAUCCCCUAUCUCCGGACAUCUGGAUGUACGUGCUGCUAGCCUGCACAGGAGUUAGCUGUGUGCUCUUUGUGAUUGCCAGGUUUACUCCAUACGAGUGGUACAACCCACAUCCAUGUAACCCGUCCUCGACUCUAAUACAGAACAAUUUCACUUUACUCAACAGUUUCUGGUUUGGUGUCGGAGCUCUCAUGCGGCAAGGCUCGGAGUUGAUGCCUAAGGCUCUGUCCACUCGUAUAGUUGGGGGUAUCUGGUGGUUCUUUACCUUAAUCAUCAUCUCCUCCUACACGGCCAACUUGGCUGCCUUCCUUACUGUGGAACGAAUGGACGCGCCAAUCGACUCAGCAGACGACCUGGCGAAGCAGACCAGGAUUGAAUAUGGGGCAGUAAGGGAUGGAUCCACCAUGACCUUCUUCAAGAAAUCAAAGAUCUCAACCUAUGAGAAGAUGUGGGCGUUUAUGAGCAGCAGGAAAAACACUGCAUUGGUUAAGAACAACAGAGAAGGCAUCACUCGGGUUCUGACAACAGACUACGCCAUGCUGAUGGAGUCCACCAGCAUUGAGUACAUCAGCCAGAGAAACUGCAACCUCACACAGAUUGGAGGUCUCAUCGACUCCAAGGGCUACGGAGUGGGAACACCUAUCGGGUCUCCAUACAGGGAUAAAGUGACCAUUGCCAUCCUUCAGCUGCAGGAGGAAGGGAAGCUGCACAUGAUGAAGGAGAAGUGGUGGAGAGGCAAUGGCUGCCCAGAGGAGGACAACAAGGAGGCCAAUGCUUUGGGCGUGGAAAACAUUGGCGGUAUUUUUAUCGUCCUCGCUGCUGGUCUGGUUCUCUCUGUGUUUGUGGCUAUUGGAGAGUUCAUCUACAAGGCUCGCAGGAACGCUGACAUAGAGGAGUGCGUGUCUUUUAGCGCCCUGAUGGAGGAGUUGGGUAUCUCCCUGCAGUGUUACAAAGGCAUCCGGGUGAGGUUGCGACCCCACAGUGGAGCAAGGACAGCUUGCAUCCUCUGUCAACCCAAACGCACUGCAAAGAGGAAAGGAGCAAGAUGGGACUCCAGCACGUGAGCCUUGGAUAAAAAAACUGAUGGAACUUGGAUCAAAGACUGCUACUUGAUCGCUCUCAAAUCAUCAGAUUUGUUUGUGGGCCACAGAAUUAUAUGAAGUUGUUCCCUCAUCAACCCUGUCUUUAUGUUACUGAAUUAUACAUAAAGCAUUCUACUGUAGAUGUAGUUUACAAAGUCUUGGCCUUGUAUCAACAUUAAUAAUGUUAAAACAGAUGAUGACAAGAAUGAGAGCUCUCUCAUAGCAUAAACCAUUUCUGUUUCCUCAUGACUGUAGUUCACUGUUCUGAGCAGUUUGCACAAUUGAAUCUACACACUUUAUAGAUACCCAUUGUGUAAAUGUAUGAUAACUUCACUGAUUUUCAGAGUAAAACGAUUUUUGCAUUUUCUAA